UCCGAUGAGAGCUACAAAGUCUCAGUGGUCACACAAUGCAGCCAUCACGAGAGAUGGCUAGGCUUGGCGUCCUCGUCUUGGUUGCGCUUCUCGCCGCUGACACCACAGCUCAACUUGCUCAAGCGCAAGGGUCCUCCUCCUCCUACGGCAGUGCUCCUCCUCCUCCUCCUCCAACUAGCCCGCCGAGCGCAAGCCCACCAGCCCAGACUCCACCACCGGCUCCUACUCCGCCAACGCCAAAGCUGAGGUACAACUUCUACAAGCGCUCGUGCCCUUACGCCGAGGACAUCAUCAAGCAAGCCGUGAGGAACGCCACGAACGUCAACCCCGGCCUCGGCGCCGGCCUCAUCCGCAUGGCCUUCCACGACUGCUUCGUCCGGGGCUGCGACGGCUCCGUCCUGCUCGACGCGACGCCGGCGAACCCGCGGCCGGAGAAGCUCGGCCCGCCAAACUUUCCUAGCCUGCGCGGCUACGAGGUGGUGGACGCGGCCAAGGCGGCGCUCGAGAAGGCCUGCCCGGGCGUCGUCUCCUGCGCCGACGUCGUCCAGUUCGCCGCUCGCGACGCCGUCUUCUUCCUCAGCGGCUCCAAGGUGCUCUACAGCCUCCCCGGGGGCCGCUUCGACGGCAGGGUGUCCUUCGAGAACGAGACGCUCAGGUUCCUGCCGCCGCCGUCCUUCAACCUCUCCCAGCUCGUCCAGAGCUUCAAGGUCAAGGGCAUGAGCGUCGACGACCUCGUCGUGCUCUCCGGCUCCCACACCAUCGGCCGCUCCCACUGCUCCUCCUUCUCCGACCGCAUCUCCACGCCGCCCUCCGACAUGAACCCUGCCCUCGCCACCGUGCUGAAGCGGCAGUGCCCGGCCAACCCCAACUUCACCAACGACCCCACGGUGGUGCAGGACAUCGUCACCCCCGACAAGCUGGACAACCAGUACUACUGGAACGUGCUACGUCACAAUGUGCUGUUCAAAUCCGACGCGGCCCUGCUGACGUCGACGGAGACGGCGAGGAUGGUGCUCGAGAACGCCGGCAUCCGAGGAAGGUUUGAGAGGAAGUUCGCCAGCGCGAUGCUCAAGAUGUCGCUCAUCGAGGUCAAGACCGCUGCCACCGGCGAGAUCAGGAAGAACUGCCACGUCGUCAAUUAGUUUUGUUUGAUUUGAUUCUUCGUUGUUGGAUUAAUGGAUUAACGCGGGCUUGACCCAAAAUAGCUUUCAAUAAUAGCCAAUGCUAAUGGCUCACUUUAAUACUAUGGUGUAUUAAUAAUUUAGUACCACAUUAAAAGUUUAAGUGACAAAGCAAUCAAUUUAAAUAUGUGAACUAUUAGUGUA